GCUGCUAUAUUCAUUGCUUUAGACAACCUUUAACAUAAUAACGGUGUAAAUCACGCACCGUACUCUUGACCCAACAGGGAUAAGCGCUCGUCUGUAACGUUUAUAGACGACUCGUAAACAAUGACACAGGUCACAUGACAGCUGACAUGAUCACAUGACUGUCAAUAGCCCCGUGAUGAUUUCAUGAUAGUUUGCUAGAUUUCAAGCUUGAUGUAUGGGGUCUCUGUGAGAAUGGCUGCACAUUGGCUUUUCCUCGGAUUCAUGUUGCUGAUCUUCGGUGGAAAAACUGAGACACGUUUAUCUGUGAAGGAAAAGCUCAAUAAUGAGGUCAUCCCAUCUCACAGAGACCUUGCUCCUGAUUUCAAGGAAAAGUAUUUUAAACAGGUUUCAGACCACUUCAAUUACAACAGCCUUGGCAAUGGCACAUAUGAUCAGCGCUACCUUAUUACAGAUCAGUACUGGAAGAAAGGCAAUGGACCUAUUUUCUUCUACACUGGCAAUGAAGGGGACAUAUGGGAGUUUGCACAGAAUACAGGGUUCAUCACAGAGCUGGCAGCAGUGCAGGGAGCCCUGGUGAUAUUUGCUGAGCAUAGGUACUAUGGAAAAUCUCUUCCAUUUGGGAAGGAUUCUUUUAAUAUCCCUGAGGUGGGGCUGCUGACGGUGGAGCAGGCCCUGGCUGACUAUGCGGUGAUGAUCACAGAGCUGAAGAAGGAACUGGGAGCUCAGAAAUGUCCCGUCAUCGUCUUUGGUGGAAGCUAUGGAGGAAUGUUAAGCGUUUACAUGAGAAUAAGGUACCCUAAUAUUGUGACUGGGGCGUUAGCCGCUAGUGCUCCCAUCCUGUCCACUGCAGGUCUUGGAGACUCUAGACAGUUUUUCCAGGAUGUUACCGCUGAUUUUGAGAAGUUUAAGCCUGCCUGCAGAGAUUCAGUGCAAGGAGCUUUCCAGAAGCUCAACACUUUGGCACAACAGAAAGACUACAGACGCAUCCAGUCUGCCUUCUCCCUGUGUAAAACUCCCUCCACCCCAAAGGACAUUCAUCAGCUGAUGGGACUCUUACGUAACGCCUUCACCAUGAUGGCCAUGUUGGAUUAUCCCUACAGCACUCAUUUCAUGGGCAGCAUGCCAGCCUUCCCUGUGAAGGUGGCGUGUGAAACCAUGCUGAAUGGCACUGAUCUCAUGUCGGCACUCCGAGAUACUGUCGGCAUGGUGUAUAAUUCCACUGGCCAGCUCACAUGUUAUGACCUCUACAGUCUCUAUGUGGAGUGUGCUGACCCCACCGGCUGUGGCCUUGGCUUUGACAGCUAUGCAUGGGAUUACCAGGCCUGCACUGAGAUCGAGAUGUGCUAUGAGAGUAACAAUGUGACAGACAUGUUCCCGCCUAUGACAUUCACCGAGCAGCAGAGAGAACAGUAUUGCUCAAAGAGAUGGGGGGUGGCGCCGCGUCCAGGGUGGCUGAAGACUCAGUACUGGGGCGACGAUCUCUCCACCGCAAGCAAUAUCAUAUUUUCCAAUGGUGAUCUUGAUCCUUGGGCUAAUGGAGGGAUCAGGAAGUCACUCAGUCCAUCACUGAUUGCAAUCAACAUACCAGAGGGAGCUCAUCAUCUGGAUUUAAGGGAGUCCAAUCCUAACGAUCCUGAGUCUGUGAUUGUGGCUCGGAAGAAGGAGUCUGAAAUCAUUGCUCAAUGGGUGAAGGCAGCAAUGAAGGAGUCAUCAUGAGUUCAUUUUUAUGUACAAUUUAUUAUUAACAUUGUAAACUUGUAAAAUAUUGAUUAAAUCCAUUUAUUUCUCACAGAAAUGGACAUUAAAAAGGUACAUUCAAGAAAUAUAUCAAUAAAAAGAAAAAAAAAAUCAAAAUGUACAAACUCACUCUUAUGUUUCAUUACAAGGAAUAUGUACAGCUGUACCACAUAUUACUUGUUUAAUCACUCCUGUUUUACAAUAUUUUUUGAAGUUCAUGUCUUUGGUGUAUGAAUGAUUCAAAAUGAUGUUGAUUUGUCAAUAUGCAUGAGGCAUCUAAUAUUCUGAGACAUUUGCACAAACAAUUAAGAGCGAGGCAUGAAAAGCCCUUCAUUUUAAAUCUGAGAUACACAAGCUCAAUUGAGUUUAGCUGUCUUCAGUUUCUCACACAAUGAGAGAAAA